UACCACGCCCACCACCACCAUGCCGCAUCACAUCGACAAUCCACCGUUCAACCGCAAGGAUGCCAUCUUGUCUGGUUGGCUCAUCAGCCGCAUCCCCAGUCUCAUCCCGUUCCGCCCCUGGAGACAGUACUGGUUUGUACUCACCAAUGAUCGCAUUCAUUACUUCAAACACGCCGGCUCCGUGCCGCUGCAUGGAUGCCGUAUGAUAUCCAGAACCAGCAAAGAUCCAGAGGAACCCCUCGGAUUCGUCCUCGAGAUCAAACCACGUAAAAAUCCGGAACAGCCGGAUAUCUUGGGCAAACCGUUUAUGAUGUGCUCUCCGAAACAAGCCGAACUGGACAUAUGGGAAAGAGAAAUCAGGAAACUCCGUGGAGGAGUCUUUGGUCAGAGUCUUGAAGACACCAUACUGAAUGAGAGCGAGGAAUUUACAAGGGAAAUCCCCCUUGUGGUAGAGCGGUGUGUACAACAGCUAAGAGCGACUGGCCUACACGAGGAAGGUAUCUUCAGAUUGAACGGUCGCACCAGCAUGAUCCAGGAGCUCCAGGACAUCUUCGAUGGCGGCAACGUACCCGACUUCGAGGCCUACGGCGCGAGCUCGCACACGGUGGCAUCCCUGAUGAAGAGAUACUUCCAAUAUCUACCUGAGCCCCUCAUUCCCUGGAGGCACUGCAGGUACUUCAUCCCCGCCAUGUCACGUCUUCAAGAGUGCGAAGAGGAUGGUCGAAGACAACUCGUCGUCCAGCUCGCUCUCCUUCCCAAGGUUAACUACAACCUUCUGAAGUACCUUUGCCGAUUCCUUCACGAGGUCCACAAGUUUGAAGCGCACAACAAGAUGGGACUUGGUAACCUGGCAAACAUCUUUGCUCCUCAUAUAUUGCGUCCGCAACACGCCGAAGGCAACUUCUUGCUUGGUAGCACUGCCUUGAGUCUUCAGUUGGUCCAUUAUUUAAUCAGGAAUCAGGACAAGGUGUUUCCUCCCAUCAGUACCAUCCAGAUGCACUGCGCCAUGACGACAAAAGACUAUUUAAAGCACGAGAGAUUGGCCAAAGAGUGCGCGAAGAGGGCGUCUCUCCAGGAGAGCAAAUACCUGAACCAAGCGUUGCCCUUGCCAGAUGAAGAACCUGUUCUUCGGACAAAAAGAGCUCUCAGACCAAGGGAAAUCACGCAACAAGAAGAGGAGGAAGACAUGACGAACUAUGUAAACACUGACCUUACAGACAAUGACAUUGAAACUAGUCUUCUGGACUGUUCUGUUCAUAGUAUCUACGAAAAUUUAGAGCUUCCAACAAACUCAACGCAACAUUCCGUGUCUUUGAUUGAAUCUCUCAAGUCAAGGAUAUCCGAAGUGCCUCCUAAACCAAGAGCAUAUACAGAACACAAAGCUAAGCGGUAUGGAGUUUCGUAUCGCGACCCGUCGUCGAUAAUGCCCGCACCGUACAACGGACAAAAGUCAUCUUCGUAUACAAACGGAACGUCGCAAUUAGCAAAACCUUCGACGAGCCCGCCGAAGGAAGAAUUCUUUGGACGUGGUAAGAAACCCAAGGUGAUCAAGGGUGAUGUGCACAGCCAGCUACAGCAGGGCACGACUUACCAGAACAUUGAGCUGGGUUCCUCAGUACCUAACGGGAAAGAAGCCCGGCACACCAACGGGGAUAUCCUCAUCAAACCGCUACCUGAGCUGCCUCCCAAGUAUGGUGAACACAUCCACAACAGCGUUCCCAAGAUGGUCGGUGAUUACAGCAAUGAGAGUUUCAACGUACCUUACGCCAACAACCUCAAGAUACCGCACCUGAUCAACGGGGAGGUCACAGGUCACAUGCAAGGGUUACGUAAUAAGUUGAGACAGAAAGAUGAUGAGCUGAGUAAGAUCAGGAAGUCUAUGGACAGGAUGAAGAAGGAGAUAGAAUCGAUGAAGCUCAAGGUCAACGUUGAGGAGUCUGCACGUCUGAACGCAGAAGGAGAAAACCAGCAACUUCACAUUGAGCUUGAGUAUCUACGACGAUGUCUCUCAAAUAGAUAGUCUUACCUUGGACUUCCGGUCAAGAAACUUCUGGUAAAGUGAUGGCCAAAUCAUCCCCAAGACCCUUAAGUUAAAUCGGAGAACCCACUGCUGCAAUAUACGUGUCUGAUCAAGUGACAUAAUGGUGGUCCAAUCCUAUAGCAAGCAGGAAAAAUAUCAUACCAAACUUAGAGCAAGCAACUUUAUAUUGAACUGAAGUACCUCAACCGAUGUGCCCCAAAUUAAUGUACUUAUUGGUGACCCUGUUCUGAAGCAAAUACGGACAAUAUCAGGACUUGAUCUCAACUUGGACCCCGAGCAAAGAUUCAGUAGACAUCUAGUAGUAGUAGUAGUAGUAGUAGUAGUAGUAGUAGAAGUAGUAGUAGUAGUAGUAGUAGUCGUAGUAGUAG